AAAGGGUUGAGGGAGUGUCUUCUCUUUUAAGUUGUUGAUCAUUUAGGUUUGUCCGUUUGUGUUUGUUGUUUGUGAAACUGAUACAGAAUCAAAAACUCCAUUUUCUCUGCUUGUUUUUUCAUCACUUUUCAGUUCUGACUCUGAGCGUGUGGAUGGAAAUACAAUUUCUCUGAUUAUAGUUCUUCUUUCCUUUUUCAACAUCCAUUACAAUGCCACCUGGUUUCGAAUACAAUAUCAAUGAUCUUUACCAAGAAGCUAAGAAGAGAUGGCUCAAGCCUGUUGAAGUGCUUUACAUUUUACGGAAUCAUGACAAGUGCGAGUUCACCCACCAGCCCCCUCAACAGCCAACUGGUGGAUCCUUGUUUCUAUUUAAUAAAAGAGUCAUGCGUUUCUUCCGUAAAGAUGGUCAUAAUUGGCGGAAGAAAAAAGAUGGCAAAACUGUGGGAGAAGCACAUGAAAGGCUUAAGGUUGGAAAUGUUGAAAUCCUAAAUUGUUACUAUGCACAUGGAGAGGAGAACCGUACUUUCCAGAGGCGGAGCUAUUGGAUGUUGGACCCGGAGUAUGAGCAUAUAGUUCUCGUGCAUUACAGAGAAACAAGUGAGGGGAAAUCCAAUUCUGGACCUGUCACACAAUUAUCACCAGUUUCCUCUUUGUUUAGUCGGAGUCAUAGCUCAUCUACUUCUCAGAACCCAGUGACAACUUCCAUGUUUGGUGAAUCAAACGAACCAAUUCAAAAUUUCUCCAGUCCCGGGUCCUUAGAAGUUACCUCCGAUGUAUUCAUCAGUAACAACAUAAUGGAUAACUUGGAUGGAACAGAAGCACAAGCUUUGCGCCAAUUGGAGGAACAGUUAAGUUUGAAUGAGGAUGAAAUUGUUAAUGAUUUAAUCCCAUACCAAGAUCAAAGGGUGGUUCACAAGCAAGAUAAAUCUGCAGCUUUCUCUGGACCGGAUGAUUGUGGACAACCUUAUGAUGGAUAUAAUGGAAGACAAGAUGACAGUGGUGAAUAUUAUCAUGAAUUGCUUGCCCAUGAUUGCCCCCAUGGAAAUCAAAAUACUUUGUCUUGGACGGAGGUGCUGGAAUCAUGUAAGCCCUUAUCCGUGAGCAAGUUACCAGAUCAACAUGUAUGCGAGGCAUUUGGAAAUGAAAAGUCACUAUCAUAUUCAGAAAGGGGACUGAUUGCCAACUCGGAAAACAGUCACUGGCUAAACUCCAAUAGUAAUAAUGCUGAAAAUUGUAUGACUUACUUUAACCUUAAUAACUUGAUAAUUUCUCUUUUUGCAUAUAAUGAAAUUUGUUCCACCUCUGAUUUGUGUCCCAUAUCACCAGCUGUCUUCUCAUUUCCUCCAGACGUUGGUGAAGUCAAAUUUCCUCCAUAUUCUUUGGUAGAAACUCAAGGAAUUAAUUCUGAGUACUAUGCAACAUUGUUUGACCCAUUCCAAAUUCAAGAACCUCUGCAUACGUUAAGCUUGACUGUUCCACAGAAACAGAAAUUUACAAUUAAGGCAGUCUCCCCAGAAUGCUGUUAUGCCACUGAGACUACAAAGGUCUUCAUUAUUGGGACAUUUCUCUGUCUUCCCUUCGAAUCUACGUGGGCUUGUAUGUUUGGUGAUGUUGAAGUUCCUGCUGAGAUCAUUCAGGAUGGUGUAAUCUGUUGUGAAGCUCCAUCACAUCUUCUUGGAAAGGUUACUUUGUGCAUUACUUCAGGAAAUCGGGAGCCCUGCAGUGAAGUCAGGGAAUUUGAGUUUCGUAACAAGACCAAUAGUUGCUCUCGUUGUGAUUCAUUGGAAACAGAAGCUGCAAGAAGUCCUCAAGAAUUGUUAUUACUAGUUCAAUUUGCACAAAUGCUCGUUUCUGCUUCAACUAUAAAAGAUGACAACAUAGAAUCUGGAAGUGAUCUUCAAAAGAAACAGAAAGCAGAUGAUGAUUCAUGGAGCCAUAUUAUAGAGGCUCUUCUAGAUGGUAGCGGAACUUCAUCUGGUACUACUGAUUGGCUUCUUGAAGAGCUGCUGAAGGAUAAGCUGCAGCUCUGGCUUUCUUCCAAAUCCCAUGAAAGAGAUGAAGGGACAGGCUGUUCCUUGUCCAAGAAAGAGCAGGGAAUUAUACACAUGGUUUCUGGGUUGGGUUUUGAGUGGGCCUUGAACCCCAUUCUCAGUUGUGGUGUGAAUAUAAAUUUUCGUGACAUCAAUGGAUGGACUGCUCUACAUUGGGCUGCACGGUUUGGAAGGGAAAAAAUGGUUGCUUCACUUAUAGCUUCGGGUGCAUUUGCUGGAGCAGUAACAGAUCCAACUGCACAAGAUCCAACCGGUAAAACUGCUGCAUCUAUUGCAGCCAGCAGUGGCUACAAGGGACUAGCAGGUUAUCUUUCGGAGGUAGAUCUAACAAGCCAUCUGUCAUCCCUCACCCUGGAAAAGAGUGAGAUUUCUAAAGGUUCCGCUGAGCUGGCAGCCGAGUUAACUGUCAGUAGUGUCUCUGAGGAUAAUCUUGUAGCCGGUGAGGAUCAGGUUUCACUAAAAGAUACCUUGGGAGCUGUCAGAAAUGCAGCUUUGGCAGCUGCACUGAUACAAGCUGCUUUUCGAGCACUUUCUUUCAGAAAACGGAGAGAGAGAGAAGCUGCCGCGGCUUCUGCUGGUCUAGAUGGAUAUGGUAUGAAUGCAGGUAGCAUUGAUGAUACCAUUUCAUUGCUUCCUCCUAUGUCAAAACUUAGCUCUCGGAGCUUAGCUGCCUUAUCAAUUCAGAAGAAAUAUCGAGGUUGGAAGGGUCGCAAAGAAUUCUUGGCAUUGCGCCAAAAAGUAGUAAAGAUACAGGCUCAUGUGAGGGGUUACCAGGUUCGGAAACAUUAUAAGCUAAUAAUAUGGGCAGUUGGAGUCUUGGACAAGGUUGUGCUACGAUGGCGGAGAAAAGGAGCUGGUUUACGAGGUUUCCGACAAGAGAUGGAGUCAUUGGAUGAAAGUGAUGACGAAGAUUUCCUCAGGGUAUUCAGAAAAGAGAAAGUACAUGUAGCAAUUGAAAAGGCUUUUUCUCGGGUGCUUUCCAUGGUCCAUUCUACCCAUGCUCGUCAGCAAUAUAGCCGCAUGCUUGAGAUGUAUCGUCAAGCCAAGGCUGAAGUUGGCAGCACGAGUGAUGAAGCACCUUUAGGGGCUGCUUCCAAUAUAGAAGAUGAUGAUGAUGAUCUAUACCAAUUGACAUAGAUGCUGUAGCCUUCCUAGUUUUAAAUCUCUUUGGUUGAUCAGUUUAUGAGUUCACUGUUCAUAUGGUCUCUGUAUUUAGAUGUGUUGUGUGGAAUAAGCUUGAGGUUUUGGUUUGUAAAUCUGUGUAGGUUGUAUAGUAAUAAUGGCGGUGGAAUUGUUACUAAUGUACAAAAUGGUCUUGAUUGCACUUAGGAUAGAGUAUCAAAUUCAGUGUAGCAAGU